AUGUUUCAACGGCUCCGCGACGCCAUCGACUCUCGCAUUGCAGAGGAACAAGCACGUCAAAAGUCCGCCCAAGAUAAUAUCGAGCGCUCCAACUCCGCUCGCCGUCCUCCUGGACGCAACCAGUCCCCGAAUCGGCGCUCCCGUCCGCGACGCAACACUGGCACCCCCAUUCGAGGGCCCGACCCUAAGGAGUUUGAGGCUGAAUUUACCAUCGGUGACGAUGAAUCCAGCAGGUCCGGUACUCCUCAAGCUGAUAUACCAGAGGGUGCCCCAGAAGUAAACACCUCUAACGAGGGAGAGAGUGAGAUGGUCGAAGGCAAACCGGCGGAGACGCCCGAGAAUGAGACAGGGCAGGAGACCAUGGCUGUGCUUUCCCCUGAGGUUCGCGCGAAGCUCCGACGACUUGAUAAGCUGGAGUCCCGAUACCAUGAAUUGCUCAAGGCCUACCGCACCGCUCACUCGCGCGUUCUAUCGAUCGAACCCUUUGAAGCCACUUUGCGCGAGAACACCCCGCUUACAUCGAUCGCCGAACCUAAAGCUUUCACGGAAUACCUUAAUCAAUCAACAUUGAAAAGCGACAUGGUUAUGGAAGAGCUGAAGCGCGUCACUGAAGAAAGGGAAGAAUUCAGAAAGAAGUUCGAAGUGGCCCAGCAGGCUGCCAAGGAGGCUUUGGAUGAGGUUACUGGUCUCAAAAACGAGAAACCCCAGACUGCGACAACCAAGGGGACAGACGGAACUGGGGAACAGGCCGGCGAAGAGUUCUUUUCGUUUGAUAAUGAAGUUCCCCGCUUGGAAGGAGAACUUAAAGAGAAGCAAGAAGAGGUUGAGAGCCUAAAAAUCGAAGUCGAAAAGCUCAAGCGCGAUAUGUCUGUCACCCGCGAGUCAACUGAAAGCUUGGUGCAGAACUUGGAGACAGCCAGCCGGGAGCUCGUUGAGCUGCGCGAAACCAAAGACAAUUUGGAUGCUGAGAUUAAGACUCUGCAAACCUCUAAGAAGGCCGAUAUCGAUGACCUGAAGGCGAAGCUAACAACUGCGGAAUCCUCUCUCAAAUCAACCACAUCUGAGGUUGAGAAGCUCAACUCUCAGCUCAAGGAGAAGACUGAGGAAAUCGACCAGCUCCAGAAACAGGCAUCCGAAAGAACCGAGUCCGAUUCGGACCUAGCUGCUGAGUUGGAGAUGACCAAGGAGGAAAAGAAAUCCGACGAGAAAAAGCUCGUUGUGCUUCAGGGCUUAGUUGAUGGUCUCCGAUCUCAGCUUAAGGACACCGAAUCUACUAUCUUGGAACUGAAGACUGAGAUCGAAGAGAGGUGCGAACAUUCUGCUAAACUACAAGAUAUCUAUGAGUUUGUGAAUGAAAAUUUGAAAGAGAACAGGGCAUGGGUGUCUGCUAGGGAAAAAGUCUUCGCUGGAGAGCUAGCUGACUUCAAUGAGGUUGCCAAAACCCUGGCAGCGGUCGAUGAAAAGCCCACUUCGACUGUCCCCGCUCCUGCUCCUGCUCCCGCCCAAGGAGAGACACAGCCUGCUCAAGCUACUGGCGGUGGCGGUAGUGGAGGAAAGAAGAAGAACAAGAAGAAGAAGAAGAGCGGCAAAGCGGAGGAACCUAUUAAGCCGGCUGAUGCGGCUCCUGCAGAGCUAUCACCCACAGAGGCGCCUGCCCCAGCUACCAAAGAGCUGGAUGAACUCAAAGAAAAGAUCGAAACCCUCACCCAACAACUGUAUGAAAAGCAGGCCGCCAUUGACCGUCUCAGUUCUAAGCUGAAAGGCGAGGACAACUUGAAGGAGGAGAUUGAGUCCCUUCGUGAUGACCUUGUCAACAUCGGCCAGGAGCAUGUGGCAGCCAAAGACAAAAUCAAGGAGCUUUCAGCAGAAAAGACUUCUCUUGAAGAAACCAUUGGCAAGCUAGAGAAGGAAUUGGUGGAUCUUCGCACUAGUAGCGCUUUGACUUCAGCUGACUCGGAGAAGGCGCACGCCUCACUCAAAGAGGAAUUCGAUAACCUCAAGGUCCGCUCUGUUGCCUUGGAGACUGAUAUUUCUGCCGCCCAGCAGCUGGCUGCCACUCGAUUCAAAGAUCUUACAGACCUCCGUGAAACUCUUCAGAAGGUUCAACCCGAAUUGCGGAGCCUACGUGCCGAGUCUUCGGAGUUGAAGACCCUGAAAGAAACCCUCACUAGCAAAAACUCCGAUUUAAAGGCCCUUGAGGGCAAGCAUGAGGAUCUGCGUGCUGAGCUGAAGACCUUCAAGUCGAAGGUCUCAGAGCGUGACGCAGAAGUGGGUGCCCUCAACAAGAAGAUCCGACAAGAGACUGACAGCCGAAUGAAGGCUGAGGAGUAUCUUAGUGUCACCCAAUCUAACCUGCGUUCUGCCGAGAGCAAAAGGCAAGAUGCCAUCAAUGCCAGAGACAAGACUGCAGGCGACCUCUCCAAGGCCCAAGACGGGUUGAAGAAUGCUCGUAUUAAGAUGCGGGAGAUGGACGAACAGAUUUCUCAAUUGAACAAGGAACUCGCAAGCCUCCGAGACGAAAUCCAGCUAAAGACAGCUCAGCACAGCAGCGCCCAGGGCUUAUUAAAUAGCAUGCGUGACCAGACCACGGAAGUUGCAAUGCAAAUGAAGGAGGCACGUGAGCGAUGCGAGAGCCUGGAUGAAGAACUGGCGGACGCUCACCGUCUGCUGAGCGAGCGAACCCGCGAAGGCGAGACCAUGCGCCGUCUGCUAAAUGAUAUUGAGGGCCGUUCAGAGUCCAAGGUCAGAGACUUUAAGGAACGCAUGGAGGCUGCUAUCGAAGAGCGAGACCGUGCUGAAGAUGAAGCCAGCACCCAAGGCCGUCGCCGUGCCCGCGAGAUGGAAGAACUCAAGGGUAAGGUCCGUGAAGCUGAGCGCGCCCUGCGCACGGCAGAGCAGGACAAGGAGGAGCUUGAACAGUCUCAAAAGGACUGGCGCCGCCGUCGUGAUGAGCUCGAAUUAUUAUCUGAAAAGUCAUCACGGGAAGUGACCGAGGUUCGGCAGGCCAUGGCUGGUCUGCGCGAUGCUCUCGACGCAAGUGAGAAGCAAGUUCGUGAUCUCGAGAAGGACAAGGCAGAGCUUCGUCGUUCAGUGGAAGAGACAAACAACCGACUGGAGAAGCUUCGAAAAUCCCACAAGACACUCGGGGAGGACGUCCGCCUACGUGGCUCCCCGUCCGGUCGACAAUCCUCGCGGUCAUCUAUGGAUUCAGGCUCUCGCCGGGCAGCCGCAUCUCCUGGUAAGAGCGAGACUCCUCUCGGCCCACCCAGCAAUGCAUCCAUUGACUUCAUGUACUUGAAAAAUGUUCUUCUCCAAUUUUUGGAACAGAGGGACAAGAACUAUCAGAAGCAGCUGAUCCCUGUUCUGGGAAUGUUGCUCCAUUUCGAUCGAAUCGAUGUCCCCCUUAUCCUCCAAUUCAUCUGCGAACUAGCCGAUUAUGAAAAAGCCCUCCAUGAAGUCGAAGCCACCGAAGAAUCUCUCCUAGCAACCCUCUCCUUCCCCGAUACCCCGCCCAAGCGUGGCGCCGUCUACACAGCUCUUAUUACCCCGCCCCAUACCGCCGACACUCCGAACCCAAUCCCCGUCGGAAUGGCCCUGUACUUCUAUAACUAUUCAACCUGGAGAUCUGCCCCUGGUAUCUACCUCGAGGAUUUAUAUGUGCAGCCGAACGCGCGCGGUCAUGGGUACGGCUUCAAGUUACUUAAGUACCUUGCGAAGCAGGUGCUUAAGGUGUCUGGCCGGCGGUUGGAGUGGAGUGUACUCACCUGGAACGAGCCUAGUAUCAAGUUCUAUGAGCAGGUUGGUGCGCGCGGUAUGGAUGAAUGGAUGAAGAUGAUGGUUGAGGGGGAUGCGUUGACUCGUUUGGCGGAGGGUGCGUAG